CCGCGUUUGUAUUCCGAGCUAAAGCGAAACCAGACGCUAUAUCACAGGAUGCAUCUGACCAGGGUUGGAAUUUACAUGAAGAGGAGGAAGCGGGGCUGCUCUCAAGCCUGAACGUUAGAGUCCUCAUCCAUCUGGCCGUCACUCCCUCUGCCUCUUCAGAUUGGUGCUCAUCCCCUCUCCCCUCACCAACAUGCUGUGUUGGGGGAAUGCAAGGGAUGGACAGCUGGGUAUUGGCCUGGAGAGGAACCCCUUGUUUGAGCCAAAGAACUGUCAUGUGUUCAUGGGCAGGGGACUGAAGGAUGUCGCGUGUGGAGGACAAUACUCAAUGUUCCUGUUGUAUGAUGGCAGCGUGUACACAUGUGGCUCUAACAGCUGUGGACAGCUGGGCCACGACAAACCAGGGACUUCCCCAGAGCUAGUCGGCGCUCUGGACACUCAGAAGAUUACAAAUGUGUCGAGUGGUCGAGCCCAUUCUAUGGCGGUGAAUGAGAAAGGUCAAGUAUUUGCCUGGGGAGCUGGUGAAGGGGGUCAGCUCGGCCUGGGGACUGCAGAGGUGGCUGUUCGCAUCCCAAGGUUGGUCAAAAGACUGUGUGACCAUCACAUCUCCCAAGUAAUGUGUGGAAAUCAGCACUGCAUCGCACUUUCUCGAGAUGGCCAGCUAUUCACAUGGGGCCAGAAUGCCAGCGGUCAGCUCGGCCUGGGAAAAGGAGAACCCAGCAAACUGUUCCCUCAUCCCCUGAAGUCUCUGGCUGGAAUUCCUUUGGCACAGAUCAUCGCUGGGGGAGACCACAGCUUCGCUCUCUCCUUGUCCGGAGCUGUGUUUGGCUGGGGCAAAAACAGAGCGGGACAACUGGGACUCAAUGAUAAACAAGAUCGUGCCGUCCCCUGCCACAUCAAAUUUUUGAGAUCUCAAAAAGUUGUUUACAUCAGUUGUGGAGAUGAACAUACAGCAGCACUCACAAAGGACGGUGGAUUGUUUACGUUUGGCGAUGGCUCCUGGGGUCAGCUGGGCCACGGCUCCAGCAACAAUGAACUUUUACCCAGACGAGUGCUGGAGCUCAUGGGUACUGAGGUGUCCCAGAUCACCUGUGGCAGGCACCACACAUUGGCGUUUGUGCCGUCCUCUGGAUUGGUGUAUGCAUUCGGUUGUAACAGCCAUGGGCAGCUUGGCACAGGAAUACUGGGGGAUGCUAGAAGUCCAUUUCCUGUGAAGACCAGUUUGUUGACUGCUCAUUUCCAUAGACCAGUGACCAAAGUCAUCUGUGGAGGAGACCAUAGUUUCUUACUGUACUCUAAUGAACAGAGCUCAGUCCCCCCAGAAGACUUCAGAGUGAUCAACAUCAGCAAAAGCCUCGCCCCAAUCAAUUUUGAACGGUUAAAUUCAUGGAGGUUAAAACUGAUGUACAACACAGAUUCCAGUGUCACAAACGACAUUAUCAUUCAGCUGUCCUCCACAGCUUGUUGGAAUGCCAGCUUCCUGGACCAAAGUGAUGACAUCCACUUCAAAACCAACCCAAAGAUCCCGGGCAUCGAUCUCAACUCUGUCAGACUUCUGUUUGAGGCACUCAGCAAACCGGCCUUCUCUGGGCUUCUGGAGCAGGCCACCAAGAGUUUUGAGAGUCUGUUGAUCCCUCAGCUGCCGCACUCUCCUCCUGACGUCGAGGCCAUGAGGAUCUACCUCAUCUUGUCUGAGUGUCCAGCGCUGCAGGACUCAAAGAACUACAUCCGCCUCACUAUCCCCUUGGCGAUGGCCAUCCUCCGGCUCGACGCCAACCCCAGCAAAGUAUUGGACAACUGGUGGUGUUUUGUGGAGGACAGCGUGUUCACCAGAAUGGUCGACAUGUACAAGAGCAUCAUCGUGUUUAUGCUGACGGGAGGAAAGACGCUGCUCGUGCCAAUGUUUUAUGAGAACUACUUUCUUGCAGCACUAAGGCUGCUGGAAAAACUCCACAAGGUGAACUUAAAGGCCCAGCAUGUGGAGUACAGCCGCUUUUAUAUCCCCGACAUCACCAGCCUGGUGGACAUCCAGGAAGACUACCUCAAAUGGUUUCUGAGUAAAGCUGAGAUUAAAGUGGGAUCAUCCCCUUCGCAGAGUGACUUUCCCUCAGUGAACCUAUGUGCCUAUCCGUUCAUACUGAACGCCCAAGCCAAGACAACCAUGCUGCAAACAGAUGCUGAGCUGCAGAUGCAGAUGGCAGUAAGCGGAGCAAACCUACACAACGUCUUCAUGCUGCUCACACUGGAACCCCACCUUGCCAGAAAUCCUUACCUGGUGAUACACGUGCGCAGGAACCAUUUAGUUAGCGACACCCUGCGUGAGCUCACCAUGUACUCUGACGUGGACCUGAAGAAGCCACUAAAGGUGAUCUUCGAUGGAGAGGAGGCCGUGGACGCAGGCGGAGUAACUAAGGAGUUCUUCCUGCUGCUGUUAAAGGAGCUGAUGGAUCCUGUUUAUGGGAUGUUCACUCACUACAAGGAGUCCAACCUGCUGUGGUUCUCAGACAAAUGUUUUGUAGAAGAGAACUGGUUUCACCUGAUCGGGAUCAUCUGCGGUCUGGCCAUCUACAACUCCACUGUGGUGGACCUGCACUUCCCCCUGGCUCUCUACAAGAAGCUGCUGGAUGUGUCACCGAUGCUUGAAGACUUCAAGGAGCUCUCCCCAACCGAGGCCAGGAGUCUACAACAACUUCUAGACUAUGAGGGAGGUGACGUGGAGGAGACGUUUCUUCUCAACUUUGCUAUCACCAGGGAGAACUACGGCAUGACAGAAGUGAAGGAGCUGAUCCCAGGAGGAGAGAGCAUCAGCGUGGACAAAAACAACAGGAAGGAGUUCGUGGAGGCCUACCUGUGCUACGUGUUCUCUGACUCGGUGAGCGAGCAGUACUCAGCCUUCUCCUCAGGUUUCCUGAAGGUGUGUGGAGGCGAGAUCCUGGCGCUGUUCCAGCCGUCUGAGCUGAUGGCCAUGGUGGUCGGCAACAACAACUACAACUGGGAGGAAAUGGAGAAGAACGCUGCUUACAAAGGGGAAUACACAGCCACUCAUCCAACAGUCCGAUUGUUCUGGGAGGUUUUCCACGAGUUCCCUCUGGAGAAGAAGAAGCAGUUCUUGUUGUUCCUGACCGGCAGCGACCGCAUCCCCAUCCACGGCAUGGAGAGCCUGCGCAUCAUCAUCCAGUCCACCACGGCCGAGGAGCACUACCUGCCGGUGGCCCACACCUGCUACAACCUGCUGGACAUGCCCCGCUACCAGACCAAAGAGAUCCUGUGCCGCCGUCUCACUCAGGCCGUGGAGCAGUACGAGGGCUUCAGCCUGGUCUGACGAGCAGGAGUGGGGUGUGUGUGUGUGUGUGUGUGGGGGGGGGUGUAGCAGUUUGAACGCACUUUAACAGCAAUAUACGUCACGCAUGUCUGAGUGGGGGGGGGGGGCCGAACACAGGAAGGCUCUUUACGUGCGCUUAUAAGAUUGUUGAGCAUCUUAAAAAAAUGAAAGGUCUAUAUAUGUACAUGCAAAGUUUUUUUUGUUUUUUUUUGCUUUGGGCAAAGUUUCUCAACCUCUCAGGAUCUUGUGUAAAAUAUAUUUGAUAUAUUGAAACAUAUCAUAGUUUUGAAAAGUACUGAUUGAGCAUUGUAUUGAAACCUCGGAUGAUUGAAGUGUAGGAGUCAAAAUCAAAAGCCGGUGAAGGUUGAGAAACUCUGACUGUGUUUAGUUUUUGUCUCUUUGAUUUUGCAAAGCUGUGUAUUUUAUAUUCAAUUGAUUAAAUUCUAUUUUUCACCUUUAAAGAAUUAUGUUGUUACCUUGAGACAAGACGGCUUACCUUCUUUUAGUUUCUUUUAAUUUAUUAAAUAGAAUGGUUAUUUUUUGACAAAGUAAAUAUGUAUGUAUAUGUACACAAGUGUGUGUGUGUGUGAGUGUGUGUGUGUGUAAAUAGCAGUUUGAAUAUAUUAUCUUCCGCUGACUUUUGUAGGAAUUCUCAACAAACGGAUCAUUUUAAAUUAGAGCCUGAUCGAUAAGGAUUGUUGGAGGUCGAUAGCGAUACUGGAAGUGAAAAAUGUCGAUACUGAUAUUUUGGCAAAUACACAUGUAUUCAGAAACAUUCACAUUUUACCGUUGAACCCUGAAAAAAGACUAAUGCAACCAAAUACAUCGAAAUUCAAUUAAGAAAAUAAACUAAUUUUUUAAAUUUCAAAUGUAAACGGGAAUGUUUUUACUGUGAAAGAAAAUGUCCACUUAUUAGCAAACACUAACACUGAUACAGAAAAAUGGUGAAAUGCUUGUGUCGGUUGAUUUUUAUUGACCUCGGCUAAAUUGUUCAGGCUCUAUUUUAAACGUCUCUGGCUGAUUUAAAAGGUUUAGUGUCUCUGUGUAUCUGGGAGGACGAGCUGCAGGAUGGAACAUGGAGAAUAUGAUUUCCUUCCCUCUGAGCUGUGGAUCAGAGCAGCUGACUUUGUCUUUGCAUUCAACAGUUGCCUUCAAUAGCAAAACCGUCUAUAUGGACGUGAGACGUGUUUUCAAAGGUUAUUUUUAACUGGGUGUCGUCUGUGUGCAUGAUGUUGAGAGGAAGACAAAAAAUUAUUGAGAAGUCAUUGAGGAGUUUGACAUUUUGAGAAAUACGCUUAUUAACCUGGAGAGUCCCCAUGCUGCGUUCAUGUACCAUAUGACGUUCAUGUGUUGCUACAUAUUUAGAUGCAAACUGAGUUCAGCUUUUAUUAAAUUAGAUGAAUGGAUUGUAUUGGUGUAAAUACCUGAUUAUGUUUUAACUGACGUGUGUGUAGUUCCUCUGACUAAGUGGAGCUCUGUAUCGACAGUGUCACUGAUGUGAACAGUUUUUCCCACUCAGCUGCGGUUUGAACGAUUGGUCAUGAACGCAGCAUUAAUUAGCACUUAGCUUAGCACAAACUCUGGAGGAAGGGAAACCACCACCAGCAGAAGUGAAGCUCACACAUUAACGUGUUCUAGCUCCUUUGUUUAAUCAUAAAAUUACAUUUUAUAGUUAUAUGAAACAUAUUUCCAUAUUACUGCAUGUGUUGUUGUAGUAGCUGUUACUAAAAUAUUUAGAUCUGUACAUAAAGGUACAUUUUGAAGUACUCACACACUCUCACUUUUACUCCACUACAUGUAUUUGCCUGCUUUUGGUAAUUUGUUAAUUGACAGAUUUAGAGUUUUCAAACAAAAUAAUGAAAAGCUGUUUGAAUAAAUUCUGCAGCU